AUGGAGAUUAUGUACGUGUACACAAAAAAGUGCUGUGAGUUUGGCCACCCUUGUAACUUUUCAGAAAGUGCUGUGCUUCAUGUGGACAUUCCGCCUAACCCCUCAUUGGAGGCCAACUUUAUUGAGGAGGAUCUAUGUAUUGUUGGCACCCAGUGCUCACAGAAAAUGUCUGAGCAUGAGGUUAACACAAACAGCAUGGAAUCUGUGUCACAAGGAAUAAACCAUGUUGAGGGGGGGUGGCCGAAAAGUGUCAACGCAGAGAACCUGGAUGUGACAAACCGCUACAAAAAGAAGGUGGAGAAGGAUGAGCAUUAUCAGAACAGUAUCCAGCAUCUUGCAAGCCUCAUCGAUCACUGUAUUAAGCAGAACAAUGCCACUGACAUCUACCAGGAGUAUUUUGAGGAUGAAGAGGUUGUUGAGGAAACAGAAGAACAGCAAACAGCUAAGUUCAUCAAUGUUUUCAGAGACCCAAAUAAAGUGAAGCGCACAGCCACCUGUUUGUCCUGGCACCCAAAUAGUAACCAUAAGCUUGCUGUUGCCUACUCUUGCCUGGAGUUUCAGAGAGCACCCAAAGACAUGAGCUUCGACUCCUACAUUUGGGACAUUGAAAACCCCUGUAAACCAGAGAUGACUCUGAAACCUGUUUCUCCGCUUGUUUGUCUGGAGUACAACCCCAAAGAUUCUCACAUCCUUGUUGGGGGAAGCUACAAUGGUCAAAUUGUCUAUUGGGACACUCGGAGCGGCAGCCAUCCAGUAGAGAUGUCCGCCAUUGAGCACAGCCAUAGAAACCCUGUGUACAAAGUCAUCUGGCUGCAUUCGACAGGGGACACUUUCUCAGCUUCUACAGAUGGACAGGUACUGUGGUGGGACAUUCGUAAGAUGAGUGAGCCCAUCGAUAGACUCGUGCUGGAUCCUAAUAAGAAGGGGAAUCUUGAAGAUGCCCUUGGUGCAAUCUCAAUGGAUUUUGAGACAACUAUGCCCACAAAGUUCAUGGUUGGCACAGAGCAGGGUCUUGUGGUCACAUGCAAUCUCAAGGCACAAACCCCAGCUGACAAGAUUGCAUGCACAUACAGCAGCCACCAUGGCCCCAUUUACGCCCUGCAGAGGAACCCCUUCUAUCCUAAGUGCUUCCUGACCGUGGCUGACUGGACUGCUCGCAUCUGGUCAGAGGACAUCAAGGGGUCAUCCAUCAUGUCUACUAAGUAUCACAAGUCCUCUUUGUUAGAUGGCUGUUGGAGCCCAGUCAGACCCUCAGUCUUCUUCACGGUGAAGAUGGAUGGCACACUGGAUGCGUGGGACCUGCUGCUUAAACAGAAAAACCCCACACUCAGCCUCAAAGUUUGUUAUGAAGCUCUGUACAGCAUCCGGGUGCAAGAUAAAGGGCGUUUUCUGGGCUGUGGCUCUCGGCUGGGAACCGUCACAAUGCUGGAGAUGACUCCAGGUCUGUGCACACUGCAGAGGAACGAGAAGGGCCUGGUCUCAGAGCUGUUUGAACGUGAGACCAAGCGAGGGAAGAUUCUGGAAUCUAAGCAAAGGGAGAUGUUUCUGAAGGAACGCAGCCUCUCUGAACAGAGCAAAGAAGUUGGGGGGAAAUUGGGAGAUGAGGAGGAGAGUGAAGAGGAACUGCUGGCCCUUGCAGAGAGGGAGUUCUUUGAGAUUGUGGAAUCCUGUAAAGGAAAAGAUGAGGAGAACAAAAGAGAGAAGGUUGAGGAUAGGGGAUGUUAA